ACUUCCUAAUUUCUCCAGCUAGCUGCUAGGGAAGGAAUGUAAUUUUGUCGUCUGAGGCACUGAUUCCUUGCUCCCCCUAAAGGCAGAAAUGGAAGUUAUCUUUCCCCACAGAGGGCUUCCCCCUCCUCCUCAGAAGACUCAACUGCCCUUCCUCCCUGCCUCCCAGCUACCCAGGUUCUGGGUCUCACAUCAUUCCUCACUGUGAUUCAGUGCAGCCCCCAACGGAAGCAACGUGCCCACCCUCGUCUGGGCAGAACCCUUUUCCUUGCAUUCUGAGAUCCAGUGACGGAGCAGUGCCCCUAGAGGCCCGGUUGGGUUGUGGCUAGCUAACAUUGGGGUCCCCAACCUGACUCUCUUUGCCCUCCUAGGACCCUGGCCCAAUACCCACAAACAAGGAUUUCUCAGGUUGGGAUCUCUGUGAGGCAUCCAUUCAUUUCCAGGGUCUGGUCAUUAGUUAAUACCAGUGGACUGCCUAAACUGAAACUGGCAGAAGGUGGCCAGGGGAGGGGUCUGGACACAGUGGAGAGAGUCAGGAGCCUGGGAUUCUUAUUUUGCUCCUGUUAAGAUUUUCCCUGUGACCUCCGGAAUUCCCUUCCUUCCCUGAGCCUGCUUCUUUAUCUAUAACAUGAGGGGAUUGAACUGGAUGCCUUAUGGCUUAGCGCUGUGCUACGAAGAGGGAGAAGGAGGAAGGAAAAGGAGCGCAGAGCCGGUGACACCGACAGGCGAUCCUGGGAAGCCAGGUCCCUUCCCUGAGCCUCAGCAUCCUCAUCUGCAAAAUGGAAAUUGCUAAUAGACUAAAAGGCAGUUCUGAAAGAUGGAUGAGAAAGGAAUAUAAUGACUCAGGGUAGAGCCUGCAAAACAGUGUGGGAUGAGAAGAUGCAGGGACUGGUUUCAUAGAGAGAGCGGGGUUUUAGGAUUGGGGGAGGGUGCCAGGACUACAAACUGACUGCUUUGGGAGAUCCCAGAGGGGGCAUUCUGAAGUCCUGCCGAAGGGAUGCUGUGCCGUGAGGGGCCGGCCUUGGCUUCCCCAGGAAUCCCUGGAGCGAGCGGCUGCUGAAGGCGGCAAGGUGUGGGGGCACUUGAACAGAACAGCUCAGGUAGCCGGGAACUCUGCCAGCUUUGGUGACCUUGGGCCGGGCUGGGAGCUCUGCGGCGGGAGCCGGAGGACUAUGAGCUGCCGCGCGGUGUCCACAGCCCAGCCCAACCCUACCGCGCGCGGCCCGGAGCUCUGUUGCCUGGAACUUUGGGCACUGCCUCUGGGACCCCUGCCGGCCAGCAGGCAGGAUGGUGCUUGCCUCGUGCCCCUUGGUGCCCGUCUGCUGAUGUGCCCAGCCUGUGCCCGCCAUGCCGCCCUCCAUCUCAGCCUUCCAGGCCGCCUACAUCGGCAUCGAGGUGCUCAUCGCCCUGGUCUCUGUGCCUGGGAACGUGCUGGUGAUCUGGGCGGUGAAGGUGAACCAGGCGCUGCGGGAUGCCACCUUCUGCUUCAUCGUGUCGCUGGCAGUGGCUGAUGUGGCCGUGGGUGCCCUGGUCAUCCCCCUCGCCAUCCUCAUCAACAUUGGGCCACAGACCUACUUCCACACCUGCCUCAUGGUUGCCUGUCCGGUCCUCAUCCUCACCCAGAGCUCCAUCCUAGCCCUGCUGGCAAUUGCCGUAGACCGCUACCUCCGGGUCAAGAUCCCUCUCCGAUACAAGAUGGUGGUGACCCCCCGGAGGGCGGCGGUGGCCAUCGCCGGCUGCUGGAUCCUCUCCUUGGUGGUGGGGCUGACCCCUAUGUUUGGCUGGAACAAUCUGAGCACGGUGGAGCGGGCCUGGGCAGCCAACGGCAGCAUGGGGGAGCCCGUGAUCAAGUGCGAGUUCGAGAAAGUCAUCAGCAUGGAGUACAUGGUCUACUUCAACUUCUUUGUGUGGGUGCUGCCCCCGCUUCUCCUCAUGGUCCUCAUCUACCUGGAGGUCUUCUACCUAAUCCGCAAGCAGCUCAACAAGAAGGUAUCAGCCUCUUCUGGCGACCCGCAGAAGUACUAUGGGAAGGAGCUGAAGAUCGCCAAGUCGCUGGCCCUCAUCCUCUUCCUCUUUGCUCUCAGCUGGCUGCCUUUGCACAUCCUCAACUGCAUCACCCUCUUCUGCCCAUCCUGCCACAAGCCCAGCAUCCUCACCUACAUUGCCAUCUUCCUCACGCACGGCAACUCAGCCAUGAACCCUAUCGUCUACGCCUUCCGCAUCCAGAAGUUCCGCGUCACCUUCCUUAAGAUUUGGAAUGACCAUUUCCGCUGCCAGCCUGCACCCCCCAUUGAUGAGGAUCUCCCAGAAGAGAGGCCUGAUGACUAGACCCCGCCUUCUGCUCCCACCAGCCCACAUCCAGUGGGGUCUCAGUCCAGUCCUCACUUGCUCACUGUCCCGGGGGUCUCCCUGAGCCUGCCCCAGCUGGGCUGUGGGCCAGGGGCACGGGGGAGGCUCUGAAGAGAUACCCGCAGGGUGUGGUCCCUCCACUAGGAGUUAACUACCCUAUACUUCUGGGCCCUGCAGGAGGCUUGGGAGGGCAAGGAUCCUACAGAGGGACCGGGUGUCCAGAGGCAAGAGUGUCCUGAGCCUCCACCUGCCUGACCAUCCCAUGAGCAGUCCAGCACUUCAGGGCUGGGCAGGUCCUGGGGAGGCCAAGACUGCAGAGGAGCCACCUGAGCUGGGAGAAGGUGCUUGGGCUUCUGCAGUGAGGCAGGGGAGUCUGUUUGUCUUAGACGUUGGUGGUGCAGCCCCAGGACCAAGCUUAAGGAGAGGAGAGCAUCCCCUCUGAGACGGAUGGAAGGAGAGAGGUCGAGGACGCACUGGCCUGGCUGUCUCUCCUGUUCUGUAGGAGAGGGUGGCCAGAGGCAGCUAAGGGGCAGGAAUCAAGGAGCCUCCAUUCCCAACUCUGAGGACUCUGGGCCCCAGGCCAUACCAGGUGCUAGGGUGCCUGCUCUCCUUGCCCUGGGUCAGCCCAGGAUUGUACGUGGGAGAGGCAGAAAGGGUAGGUUCAGAAAUCAUUUCUGAUAUUUGCUGGAGUGCUGGCUCCAUGCCCUGGGGAGUGAGCUUGGUGCGGUGGGUGCUGGCUUCAAACAGCCAUGAGGUGGCAGCUCUGAGCCCUCCUUCUUGCCCUGAGUUUUCCAGGGAGGAGCCUGGAGUGUAAUUACCUGUCAUCUGGGCCACCAGCUCCACUGGCCCGCCCGAUGCUGGGCCUGAACUGUCCUAGGUGACCCCAUCUCUGCUGCUUCUGGGCCUAAUGGAGAGGAGAACCCUAGACAUUCUGCCUGCCUGGGGACGGGGUGGACGAAGGAAAGGGUCUGUAAGGACUCAGUGUUGACUGUGGGUCCCCCUGGGGUGGGUUUAGCAGGCUGCAGCAGGCAGAGGAGAGCACCCCCCGAGAGUGUGUGGGAGAAGGCCUUGCUGUCAUGUGAAUCCCUCAAUACCCCUAGUAUUUGGCUGGGUUUUCAGGGACUUUGGAAGCUCUAUUGCAGGUGUCUGGGGGUCUAGGACUUUAGGGAUCUGGGGAAGGACCAACCCAUGCCCUGCCAAGCCUGGAGCCCCUGUGUUGCGGGGGUGAGGCAGGGAGCCUGGAGCCCCGGUGGAGGGGAGGUAAGGCGGGGGAGCCUGGAGCCCCCAUGUAGGGGGGGCGAGGCAGGGGAGGGGAGGUGGUCACUGAGUUGACCUUCUGAACAUGAGUGUCAACUCCAGGUCUUGCUUCCAGGCCCUUCCCUCUGUUGGAAAGGGGGUGUGCCCUGGCUCCCAAGGGAGGCCCAUGUGACUAAUAAAAACCUGUGAACCCUG